AUGUCGCCGACGGCCCCCGAAGACCCCACGCAGGGUAACAAUUCUGUUCGCUCGACGGCGACGCACGCCAAGGAGAACGGGGACGACGACCCGUCCAUCAACGGGCACGCCGUGCGAUCGGCGGCCGGCUCAGACACGACGGCCAAGCUGGAAGCCCUGAGCAAGGAGCGGGAGGCGCUGCGGCAGGAGGUGGAGCAGAUGCGCAAGCAGCUGGAGAGCAUACAGGAGGGCCACACGUCGGAGGUGACGCAGCUGCGGACCGAGCUGGAGGAGAGCAACGCGGCCAAGGAGGGUGCCGAGGAGGCUUACCAGAACCUGCUAGGGCGGGUGAACCAGAUCAAGGAGACGCUGAGCGAGCGCCUGCGGCGGGACAAGGAGGAGCUGGAGGAGGCCAAGGAGCGGAUCGAGGAGCUGGAGGCGCAGAACGACGAGCUGCGGGGCGCGUCGGAGACGACGGGCUCGUCGGCGGCCAAGGUGCGGGCCGAGCUCGAGGACGCGCAGCGCGAGCUGUCGACGCUGCGCAGCCGCAACAACCUGUCGGCCACCAACUGGCAGAAGGAGCGCGACGAGCUCCUCUCCACGGUCCAGCACCUCAAGGACGAGCUGUCGCGCACCUCGGGCGUCAUGGGCGAGUGGGAGGUCAUCGCGAUGGAGGAGCGCUCCGUCAAGCAGAGCCUCCUCGACAAGGUCGGCGACCUCGAGGACCAGGUCGCCUCCCUGCGAUCCGGCUACGAGGCCGCCUGCCAGGAGCGCGACGCCCAAGACACCCUCGUCGACAACCUCCAGAACGCCCUGCGCGAGAUCCAGGACGCCCGGAAGCGCGAGCUGCGCGAGAUGGUCGAGUCCACCGACCAGCAGCUCGAGGCCUACAAGAAGAUUGUCCACGAGGCCGAGGCCCGCGCCGCAGACGCCAUAGGCGCCAGGGACUCCCUCACCGCCGAGCUUGAGCGCACAGCUCCCUUCGAGAAGGAGGUCAAGGAGAAGAACCUCCUGAUCGGGAAGCUCAGGCACGAGGCCAUCGUCCUCAACGACCACCUCACAAAGGCUCUGCGCUACCUGAAAAAGACGAAGCCAGAGGACAAUGUAGACAGACAAAUCGUCACAAACCACCUUCUCCACUUCCUCACGCUGGAUCGUGGGGACGUCAAGCGCUUCCAGGUCCUCCAAGUCAUGGCCGGCUACCUCAACUGGACCGACGAGCAGCGCGAGCAGGCCGGCCUCUCCCGCCCGGGUGCAUCAUCCAGCAACAGCCUGCGCCUCCCGCUAUCCCCGUUCAACCGCACGCCCAGCUCCCCUCCCCUGAGCGCGGACCUCUUCUCCGAACCCUCGUCUGGAAAGGAUAGGGAGUCCCUUGCCGAGCUCUGGGCAGGAUUCCUGGAGCGCAGCGCCCAGGAGGGUGCCGGGGAGGCCUCGGGCAACCCACCUAUCCACGGCCUAAUCCUCGUUGUCAUCAUCCAAUGGCCGCAGCACAUUCCGCGAAUACACAUCAGCGUCACGGGUGAUGUCGUCGAUGUUGAUCCUGUUUGUCAGGGCAUCGUUGACGCCGCGGACGACGUCGGCAUCCUGCAUGAUGUCGGCCAUCAGGUCGACCUCGUGAGCCCAGUAGGCGUGGGUGCGGGAGCGCAGGUCCUGGUCCCGCACGGCCGUAUUCCUGACGAUGCCCAGGGCGUUCAUCUUGGCCCUGACGGCCAGCAGGCGGCGGUAUACGGGGUCGAUGCGGUCCAGCGGCUGGGGCUCGGGGGCGAAGGCGCGGCCGGCGACGGCGGCGUCCAGCCCGGCCAGCGCGAGCAGGCGAUACACACGGGCGGACCAGAAGAACAUGUCCACGUCGGCCAGGCGGGGGGCCCGCGCGUUGACGCCGUGGUUGUACGUUCCGACGAGGUAGACGUCCAGGCUGGCGAGAAGCAGGGCGGCCACGGUAGCGGGGGUGCGCCACCCGCCGCCGCCGCCGCGCUUGCCAGAGGUCCAGCCCGGGCUGGUGGCGGCGGCGAGGACCGCCAGGUUCGCCACGUGCGGCCACGUCAGGUCCGGGAGCGCGUAGUACAUGUACGUCUUGGGCUCAUCGACGGUGCAGAACGGGCAGUCGGCCAGGACGUCCGGGCCGAAGCGGAGGUACAGCAGGCGACUCUCGAGGUUGACGAACUUGGCACGCAGAGCGUGGUCCCGGGCCGUGAGCGCGUUGCCGUUGGAUGA